AUGAAUGAUGCCUCGUAUGCGGGUGAACAGGCAGCAGCUCCUGACAAUCAACGAACGCGGAAAAGACACCGCUUGCGCCACUCUAAAUCUCGCCUUGGGUGUUUCCCGUGCAAGUCACGACGGGUCAAAUGCGAUGAAGCUCGUCCUGUUUGUGGCUCCUGCUCUUCUCGGGGGGAGCCAUGCUCCUUCCCCGACUCAGCGAUCUUCCACAGACCGACCACAUCUUCCCGAACACAACAAGGACUGCCACGAAGCCGGAGUGGCGGCAGUACCCCUGGUGCGCAAUCAUACCUAGAGCCAUUGAGGAUACACACAGCACUAUCGGUGGGUGCUUCCACGCUGGUAAACGAUAAUAUAUUGCCCAUGGAUGACCUCCUCUCAAUGCAAUUUUUCCAUCUGCAUACAGCCUAUGAGAUGUGUCUACAUCCGAAACGAAGCAUGGUCUGGCGUCGGGUGGUUCCCGAUCUUGCCGGGAGGCAUUGCUAUCUCAUGCACCUGCUCCUUGCCUUGGGUGGUAUUCAUAUGAUCACAGGGCGAUCGAGGCAAAGAUAUGGUGGGAAAGACGACAACUCGGAAACGGUUGAUUUGCGGGGAGUAAUAGAUCACCAUCAGAGAGGACUGCGAGACUUCAGAGAACAGGUGGUCACAAUCUCUAACUCUAAUGCUGAAGCUGUUUAUGCCGGUUCUCUACUGCUGGUCGCGUUUAGCUAUGCCUCUCUCCAGGUCCCCGAGCUGAAUCCUCCCGCUACGACUGUUUCCUCUGUUCAUUAUGUUUCGGCUUCAAACAAAGAUACUACCCCGACACUUAACAGACCUAAUUUAAACUGGAUACAUUUAAUCCGAGGUGUGGUAACCGUGGUCGGAGAUCAAUGGCCAGCCUUAAAGGCCAGCCGCAUGCGGCCGAUGGUGCUACAUUUCCAUGGCGAUGAGUACUGGAAAGAUCUGCCCUUCGCUUCAUCGUUGUCUAGACUCAGUCGCUGCUCGUCGCGUUUGUUAUUAUUUGCCGAGAGCGCUAGUCAGGCCGUCACGGAGCUUAGAACCGCCUACGCCGCUGUUCAGCUUGCCGAUGUCAAUGAAUCCAGCACGUCCGUUUCCCCUUCGACAUCUGAGUGGACAAUGGAUGAACAACCACGGGCUAUAGAUGUCCUGGAAAUGCUUUAUUCGCGCAUUAUCUCUGUGCUGCAAUGUUCAUUCAGCGAGUGUGGCUCCCCAGAUAAUUCAGACAUUCAGGCUGGUUUUGAAGAGGCUACAGUGCUGUCUUGGCCCAGCUUGAUUCCCCACGAGUUUAUCAGCUUCAUCGAACUUAAUGACCAAAGGGACCCUGUCUGGGGACUUUCCUUGACCACCCUAGCUCAUUUCUAUGUCGUCAACACCUUGGUGGACCGCUGGUUCUUGGCCUCUUUCAAAGACGAAAUCUUUAGGAUCCACAGAUCUGUCUCUAAUUUAUGCAACGCCCACUUGGAUCGGCUUAUGUUGUGGCCUGUAAAGAUUGCUACCUGUAUACAAAAUUGA